CACAUAGUUGACCUUCAAGAGCAAACAGCUGAUCCCAGCUCCUUUACGCUUGAGCGGCUUAGUGUCCUCAUCGUGGGACGGGUUACUUUGGAUCUUCCUGGUCCUUGUUAUCAGUAGGAAGUAUCUUCCUGCGUCCUUUUAAUACUUUCAGAAGUUUUGUCAUGCACAAUGGGCGCCGUAAUUUCAGACCAGAUCCUGAGGCUACUAUGGCUGAUACCAUUCGGGUAGUAGCUUGCAAACAGAACCAGGACCUCCAGAUUACUUUCGCCAAUGAUUAUGCGUGUUCAGACAGACCAAGGUCUGGUGGUAGUAAGAUGGCAUAUUCCACAUCGGGCCCGACAUUGCGUGAACCCAAUUGUCACCGGAAGCAGCACCAGUCAGUCAAUGUAGUCCACAGAGGAGCUCGUCCCAAUAAAAACUAUGGGAAUGAUGGGUUUUCAAUGUCACACACUAUUGACUCACAUAUUCCGAACAGUUAUGGUUCAGCCAGUAAGCGUCUACUUAAUACAAAAUCAGACUUAGACCAUCAAAGUAGUCGUCAUUCUGCACAUGGUAUGCAUUUCACACACUAUCAACAAGAUCAGUACAACCGUGACUUGAUGACUCAGUACGAAAUCGACCGAGCUCUGUUUCUCGCCAAUCCACCUCCAUCAGUCCUGGCUAGCCGUAAUCGUGAGAAUAGAUUAAAUGAUAAUCGACGAGUGGAUGUAAAGAACCCUUCCAUAAAACAAACAGUAUAUAAUGGAUCACGCGCAGAUCAUGCAGUAGUUAAUCGCACGCCUUUGGACCACCAGCGUAUGGAUAGUUCAUUUCGUAGAUCUUUCCUGUCAAAAUCUACCAAAGAACGGACACCAUAUAAUUUGGAAUACGAAAAUGAUGGUAGCGAAAGAUUUUCAAAUAGUUAUCGUGGAUUUAUGCGCCCAUUUCGUUCGCAAUUUCAAAAUGGUUUUCAUCGUGGACGGGGUUCAAGACAGCAUUGGGGGCAUGAUGAUAGGUUCGAGAAUUAUCACCACAAUAUAGGAGUUCGUGGACAAAACUCUCCUCACAAUGGCGACACCAAAACUCGUCAAUAUUCCGGUGACGAAUAUAUCGAUGAUUUAACCCCAGAAGAUAUUGCCAAGUAUAAAUUAGAGAUUAAUAUGGAUAAUUUCAUUGUUGAUCGCCCAAUUCUAUCUGAUCCAAUAUUGUCUGUACCACUGUCUAAAUGGCAAUCAGAUGAUCUAUUGUUAUUAUUCUCAGCUUCGUCAAAAGUCUCUUCUAAUCGUCAUCGCUUUAUUGAUGAAUUUCAGAAACAACAACAUUGUGCACACAAUCAACAAUAUCAUCAUCAUUAUCACAAUAAUCGUAAUCAAUAUCGCAAUCAAAACCAAAGGAAUCAUCCCAAUUUUCAUCAUACACCACUACAAUCAUCUAGGAGGGAGCCAAUUCGCUCAAAUCAGAGGAUUCACGGUUCUAAUUCAUCUUCGUAUAAUCAUAGUAAUUAUAAGGCUUCUAAACAGCAUCUAGCUAAACAGAAAAACCAUUCUGGGAAUCUUAAAAUGAGUAAGGAGAACUCUACUGACGACAAUAACAACAGUUCAGAAAAUCAAGUAAACGAUGAUUUUUCUAGAUGCGAUGAAGCUAUAGAAAACUCAACGUAUUACGAGCAGGACAUAAAUUGUGGAGUUUUCGACAUAAAUUGUCAUGAAAGAGCGAGGUCUUUCCUUACUCUGGGUAUUUAUGAUAAUGAAAUUUCCCAGAAUGAUGGCUACACAUAUUCUACAUCGGAAAUAAGCAUGCACGGAUUAUACCGCUGUCACUCACUUCCUUCACUACGAAAUUCCGAGAAGAACUACCAACCAUUAUCGUUUGAAGACUGUACGACACCAACGACUAGUGUGAACGCUAAUGGGGUCACACACUUAUCGACAAAAAUGAGUCAAAUUAACGUUAUCGAAGAAACGCCAGAUGUAAAGUUUGAAAACUCUGAUUCAUUGAGUGCGGAUAACUGCAACAAUAUAGCGGCAGAGGAAGCCAUGAAACUCAAAGAUACACAGUAACAACUGUUGACAAGUACUUCACACAAGUACAGAAAAUUAUUUUCGGCAUAGAAACGCCUACUUUACUUUCAAGCUGUGUAACGUUCUCUCCUACUUUUUUUCUUUAGAUUCAUUUUGUACUUGAGCAAUCAAAAUUACUGCAUAUUUUCUUUUUGAACACGCAAUUAUUUGAUUAUGAUGUGAUAGUUUUUCAUGAACAAAUAAGAAGUAUCAGGUAAUAAGUUUCUCUAUUUUAUUGGCUUUCAAGUCUGUACAUAAAAAUUUAAAGAUAAUAAGACCGAAAAAUAACGGCGAUGACAGUAACAGAAUCCGUUUUUCGGUGGUCAGAAAGAGAUGGAAAACUAAAAGUCAAUGUAUGCAAUAGUCAUAAACAUGAGUGUUAUUUGUCUGCAAACAAAUAUCCAGAUGGUGGAGCAACCAGUCAACGGUUCAGUUGUAGUAGAGCAUUACAUCCUCAUACUCCUUUUUUAGCUGAGUGAUGCAUCAAGAGUUGGUGUACAUUUGACCACAGUCAAAACACAACAUACGUCGCUCUAGUUCACUGGAUAACCCGUUCAAUUUUUUUUUUGUUGGGUGGCUUUUUUAGGUUUACACUCAUCACCAUGAAUGCUUUUCACUUUUUUUUAUUGAAAUUUUCCUUUUUAUAAUAAAAUACCUUCCCAACAUGUACAUAUUUACUACGGGCUAGGUGAACGAGCGUAACACACACACACACACAGACAAAGUUCAAGUCAAAUGAAAGCCAACAUUCUAAUGAACAGUCACAGCUAAAAUAAAAAGCAUGACGAGUAAUGCUCUCUAACUAAACCGAUGAAAAAUUGCAACACAUCAGAAAAGAUGAACGCACCAAGAUAACACAGACAUAUAUACAUUGCACAGACUGAAAAUUAGUUAUUAGUUAUGCAAUAAAUGCUUCAGAAGGUAUUUGGCCAGCUGCGCUCAUAAUUUCAAAGGCAUUAAAUGCAGCAUUGGCGUCCCAUUGGAAUUCUUCUAAGCACUUUUUUGAAUAAGGAAUGUUCAUGCCAGUACGUUGACUGAAUUCAGUUACUAUAGCUUCGUUAACGUCAGGAGUAGAUACACUAGGUGCCAGUAAUUGCUGUUCGGGAACUUCAUUUGGUUGUCUGGAUUUAGCAGCCAUUUCAGUAAUAUAUUUCUGGAUUGAAAAAAAUGUUAGCGAAAUGAUAGCACUCAAUUAUUCGUAACGGUAGUAGUAACGAAAAUGUACAUAUCAAAUAUGCUUACAACAAUGAUGAAGCUACUGAUCGUAAAAUACGCACUGAUUAACACAGAAGCUGAAUUUAAUUAUUCCACUCAGUGUGUAGGUCGGUGCUUACACUCUCUACAUGCUCAUGACGCUGAAUACGAUUUCAAAAUCAAUCUUAUUUCUCUUAAAGAGUUCAAUUUGAUUUCCUUUAUGAUGACGUUAACUGUGUGGUAUUUGAUCAUGGAUGUUCUAUUAGGCGCAUGUGAGAUAUCCGACUAUGAGAAAUGGCCUCUGGAAAAGAUAUUAGGCGAUUACUUUUUUUUGACCACAGAUGUCGUCAUAGCAUUUUUUGAAAGUGGUGGUCAUGGGCUUGAAUCCCGCCCUAUCUACCGAGGUUUGGGCAACCAAGUAGCACCAUUUUCUCUCACAUAUUAGGUGUGCCUUAUUGCACGAAUGUGCACAAUGUGAUUGAGUUUCGUUUCGUAUGUGAGCAAUGUUGAGGUUAGGCAAAGAAUAUAAGCAAGUCAGCUGAUGUUGUCAACCUUCACCGAAGAGGUCCUAGAGAUUUGUUGCUAAUGCCAAAGUUGAAUGUUAGCCGAAAGUUUGGAAAUAUUCACUAAGCAACGCUGAUUUAUUCUCUCUUCACGUAAACACUUUUGUGUACCUUACAUUUUACUUAUUCUUUGGGUGCUGCUGUGAAGUGACUUCAUGUUGUUUUGUUUGUCUGCCAUAUUUUCCUGUGUCAUUUGUGAUAUUUAAAGCCAAAAAAAUGAACAAGAGACAUGAAUCUUUCAGAAAAAUACCAUCUAAAUAUCUCGCUUAUGGAUUUAUUAUCGUGAUACAAAUUCAGUGAAGUGAUAAAUAUACAUACAUCUCAUCCACAUUUUCGUUGAAUACUGUGAUCAUCCUAAGUGAUCCACGUUUUCAGGCUCAUCAAAGAAAAUUUAUUUUUCACAAUGUUCAUAAUCAUGAAAAUGAAGCUUCCCUAGCGCUCAGGUUCUCAUCAAGUACCAUGAAUUUUCCAUUCGUUGACACUUGAAUUUUUCCCACGACUGUGUCAACAACCUGAAAUCAACUUUAGCUACUAGCUUUGUAAUUUACAGUCAUGAUUUGAGUUUACAGAAUGGCAUCCCUGGUAUGAUGAAACCGCAUUUCAAGAUACAUUUUGAACUUCAAUCAAUCCAGUAAGUAAUACUGUUCCUUUAAGUCAGCCUUCCUACCUGACCCCCUUUUUAUUUUCUCACCCCUUAUCUUCAUGAGUUUUUAUAUAAAUACCUAUGACAAGUACGUGUGUGAUCAGAUAGUUCGAAAUGUGUUGCGCAAAUACAUUACACGGUUCAGAC